CUUCUACAAUCGACUCUUUAACGUCCGAUGAUCCGAUCGCGUCAUUGAGGGCAUAAGUUUCUGUUCAGACUAUGUAUUUCCGAAAGGGGAAGGAAUGGGUUGCUGAUUUCAGUUGUUCGGACUACAGAUUUCCCAGAAGAGGAAAACUUGGUUGCUGGUUUCAGGAGAUGGUACUCUUAAAUAAGAAUGGAGGGAGAAGGACUCGAGGGAGAAGAAUCGGUUGACUCACCCAUCGACUUCUCAUUCACACACAGAGAGAGACAGAGGAGGGGAGAGAACUGGUGCUGUGUGAGUGCUCUCCUCCAGUUUACGAUUCUGAAGUUUCUUCUCUUGGAACCGUUUGUUGUUCCUGUCACUUCUUCUGGUGUUGCUCCGGCUCCGGCUCCAUCGCCAUGGGAGAAAGACAAAGGAGGGGAGACAACUCAGACCCACGAUAUCGUUCAUCUUCUUCGGGUUGGAUGUUCAUCUGAGAAUCGAAAGAAUCCCAUUCCCAUGUUUGUUCGUGGGUCUGCGUGAGUGCUCUGUUGGGAUCAGCAAACCUUACCAUCGGUCAUCUUCUUCCCAUAACUUGAGGCCAAGUAUAUGCUUCUAUCAUUCCUGACGCUCCAGGUGCAGAAUCACAUCCCUUGACCAAGAAAUUAGCAGAAAAAGUUAGUGAUUUUGUUGAUCAAUGCAUCGAGGCCAUGGAGAAGGUUGAACUAAAGCAAGGAUUGAGGCCUGCAAUGACGAUUUCUAGUGAAGGGAACGCAUAUUUGCAAGACAGCCAAUUCUGGAAUCUCUUUAAAAAUGAUCCAUCUUCUUGCAACAUCGUUAUGAGAACUUCAGCUGGACUAGUAUAUCUGCUUGCAGCUUUGUUAGAACCUUUCAUUCCAUCUUUCUCUGUUGAGGUAUUAAGGCAGUUAAAUUUGCCAAGACCACAUCUAUCAUUGUGUGAUGAAAUUUUAGAUAUUGAUAGGGCGCGGAGACCUUGGGAGAUUCUACCUUCUGGUCAUGACAUAGGCACGCCCAAACCUUUAUUUAAGGAACUGAAAGAUGAAGAGGUAGAGUUCUACAGGGAAAUAUUUGCUGGAAGUCAAGCUGAUUGGAUAGAGAAGGCAGAUGCUGCAAAGAAGGUUGCUGAGCAGCUGAAGAAAACAAAAAUGUGACUUAAUGCUAUUAUGUACUUGUAAAAAUAGUAACCUAGAAGCCUAAAUUUAUUUAAGUUCAUCCUAGAUAUCAGAUCUUACGUUGAUUAACAAUUAUCUAAUAAAUUUUCUAUAUGUGAAUACUUUUGGUGAGGGAACCUUUAUUUUGUUUUUGGGAGAAUACCUUAUUUUGGAAACUUAAGUGUUGCUCCAAAAAUAAAUUUUGUGGGCCUUUUGUUUCAA